CCUAAACUGCUUCUUAUCAUUUCUUGUAUUAGAAACCUAAAAAUAUCUUUUCAGACCUGAAAAUAUGUUAUUAAAUGCUAAACAAUUUAAGGUUAAUUGUGAGUCUAUAACUAUCUAGUCUUCAACCCCAUCAAAGAUCCUCAGGGAUAAAUAUUAUCUGAGUAAACAGGAAGUGCACAGCAAGCAGCUUCUAAAAGCUGUGGAAAUGACAGAGGCUACUGUCUGCUUGGACAGUAACCUAAGGUUCCUCUGUAAUGUUCAGGCAUCCGUCUUCAGCCUACAGGCUCAGGAUAUCUGACAGACUUUUCUGAAAAGCAGGAAUUAUGAAGGACUCUGCAAAGUUGGUCUGUUGACUUCCUAGUGUCCUGCUUCCCCAUGGUUUAGACAGCAUGCUGUCAGCAGCCCAGGAAAGGGCUUUGUUUGCCACACCUGAAACAAACUCCACAUGGAGGUUCUUCAGUGCCCGCCCGUAAUCUUCAUGAAAAGCCUUUUCUUUCUUUCUUUUUUUUUUUUUUGGAGCUGGGGACCAAACCCAGGGCCUUGUGCUCGCUAGGCAAGCGCUCUACCGCUGAGCUAAAUCUCCAACCCCGAAAAGCCUUUUCUUAUUAAACCAUCUGAACUGCCAUAUUCGGUAGAUCUCUUAAGUGUCUGAAGACCAUCAGUCUAUGUUAAGUAUAUCGGAAUAAGCAAAUGUUGCUUGUCUCUAGCUAUCUACUAUCUGCCUAACUUUGAAAUCUAUAGGGGGCUAAAAGCUCAUUUUAAUUUGUAAUUUACCAAGCUGGUACCUAGUAAGACAAGUUUGAUUGACUAGUAACUUGCAUUCUUUUUUGUUUUUUGGAUUUUUUUUUGAGAUUUAUUUAUUUUAUUUAUUUAAAGGUUUAUUUAUUUAUUUAUUUAAUGUAAGUACAUUGUAGCUGUUGUCUUCAGAGACACCGGAAAAGGGAAUCAGAUCUCGUUACAAAUGGUUGUGAGCUACCAUGUGGUUGCUGGGAUUUGAACUCAGAACCUCUGAGAGAGCAGUCAGUGCUCUUAACCUCUGAGCCAUCUCUCCAGCCCCUAUUUAUUUUAUUUAUAUGAGUACACUAUAGCUGUUUGUAACUUGCAUUUCUUAAUUAUCGUAAAUAGAGUGUAAUUGUUGUUUUCAAGGGCUAGAAAUGCCAGUUGUGGUGGUGCACGCUGGUAGGAUUUGCUGAAGGAGGCAGAGGCAAGAGGAUCACAAGUUCAAGGGCUGGAACUUUACAUUAUAUCUUUAAAUGAAGUCAGAUAGAUAUAAUACCUUAAACAAGAGUUAAAAACAUGGACUGGAGAGAUGGCUCAGCAGUUAACAGCACUGGUUGCUCUUCCAGAGGUCCUGAGUUCAAUUCCCAGCAACCACAUGGUGGCUCACAACCAUCUGUAAUGGGAUCUGAUGCCCUCUUCUGGUGUGUCUGAAGACAGUUACAGUGUUCAUAAAGUAAACAAACAAUUAAAAAGAGUAAAAACAUAUAUACACUAUGUAGUAACAAAAAUAACCUUAAAUCCCUAUCAAUAUACAAAAUCUAUACCAAUGUAAUAUAUUUAAGACUUGUAGUUGUUUUCUAGUCUAAUACACAGACACACAGACACACACACACACACACACACACACAUUCAGACACACAGACAGGCACCAAUGCAAGUUUACUAUCACUUUGAUUUUCUCAUUUGUCUCAUAUAAAGUAUCAGUAUACAGUGAUUUGUUCUGAUGUUAUCACUUGAUUAAUAACCUUGUUCUUAUUAGAAGAGCCAUGCAGUUAGUCCUGGGUUCCUAGUACCAUAAAAACAAAAAGCAACCCCCAAUAUACAAAUAAUCUCCCUCUCAACCUUAAGAAAGCCGUUUUCUUGGUUUUGCAUGCUGUCUGAUAUUUAAAGUUCAUGAACUGAAUCAACUGAGAAACAACAAUAUAUAAAAAAAAAGUACAUUUAAUUAUCUACCUAUCAUUCCUAUAUUCCCCCUUUUUUUUUAUCUCCUCCCCCCUUUUCUUUCCAACACUAGAUAAAAAGAUAGAUGAAAGAGAGGAAGAGAUCCCUAAAUCUAACCUUCUAUAUUUUGUUUCCUCACUGACCAAGACCAUUAACAAUCUGUGACUGUGAUGGUUUGAAUACGCACGGUUCCUGGGAAGUGACACUAUUCAGAGAUGUGACCUCGAUAGAGGAAGUGCAUCCUUGUAGAGGUGGACUUUGAAGCUCCACCUACAGAAGAGUGUGUCUCUACCUGGUUACCCUCAGAUCAGGAUGUAGGGCUCCUCCAGCACCACGUCUGCCUGCACACUGCCAUGCUUUCUGCCAUGAUAGUAAUGGAUCCAACCUCUGAACCUGUAAGCCAGCCCCAAUUAAAUGCUGUGCUUUAUAAUACCGUUGCUUUGGUCCUGGUGUCUCUUCACAGCAAUGGAGACCCUCACUAAGACAGUGACCAAACCCCUAAGUGAUGACGGAUACCCAUCACCAUUGAACAAUCAAAAAGCAUCCACCCGACCUCUUGGGAAUGGGGAGCGAGCGUUAGUCUGGGAGUGACCCAGCUGUUGAGCUGCUUAGAGCAUAUUAAAAAUAAGGCUGCAUGUGUGCCUUUCACUCAAGAACCCACAACAUUGGGGUGGUAGCAAGAAGUGUGUGCCCAAGGUGGAGAUCAGAGCGAUUUACAUACUAUCCCUACACCAUGGCUUUACAUCACACGUUCCUGCCCUACAACCUUCUGCAGUGCCCUGUGGAUCCACAGAUCAAACACUCUGAUAACUACAUACCACUUCCAGCUGACCUCUCCACCCAGCCAGUUCUGCCUUUCCCUCAGUCUCAUUCCUGCAGAAAAUCCAAUAGCCAUGACUCCAGACCAGGCUCAACUGUGGUACUAGCUGAAAAGCAGAUCCCAAAGGGGAUGUGCUGUGAUUUGUGCAACAAAUUGGGGGUGGAAUCAUGGGCAACAGGAAUUCAAGGUCAUCCUUGAGUUGGAGGCCAGGCAGGGCUAAUGCAUAAGACCCUAAACUAAAAAACUAAUAAAAAGUAAAAAGAUUACUGGGCCACUCAGAGCCCCCAGAUAAUCUGCUAAUAACUUUGGUCCCUGAUGGUACAAUGCACAGGUCAGGGCUGCUCUUGGUCAACAUAUGUAGGUGCCCAGGAGCCACCAGUCUUGGAAGCUGCUGUGCAGGCUGGGAUGGAUCCAAAAUAGAUGCCUUCUGUUGGGGGUACAGAUCUGCUGGGGUCACCAACCACCACAACUGGGUGUCACGGACCUGUAUCUAAGCAGACCUCAUCUACAACUCAGCCCCAAUGAGAGAAUAAGGUCCCUCAGGAUCUGGUGCUCAUCGUGAUCUUAACUCUAAAACAGUACGGCAAAGAACUGGAGAAAUUAACAGGGUGAGCUCCAGGGAACGGUGGGCAAUUAUGGGCAAAGGGCAUGGGACCUGGGUCUCUGUUCUGGGGCACCCAACAGCCUCAGAAGAGAAGAGGAGGACGAGGACGAAGGUUAGUAAAUGGAUGGAGACAUUGACAGAUAAACACUGAAGUCUCCAGCAACACAGGGCUCAUAUUGAGAUAUCCCAGGAAGCCCUUGUUGGCUGCAAGUGGCCCCGAAGGCUUCCGGCACGUGCCAAAAAAUGGAGCAGGCGCCAGGAUGGCCACCAGGGGGCCAGCCGACGUUUCUAAGUACCCGUCCCGUCGGUGAGUCGGUGAGGAAGCAUCCGAGCACCGAGCUGGGUUGCAGAGGACUAGCGGAGGAAACUGGACUAGGCCACGGAGUGACAACAGCGUGUCCAGUGGUGCCAACAGAAGCCGCGCAGGGGUUUCAGGUGGAACGAGGGACUUUGAAUAUGUCGGGGAUUGCCCUCAGCCGACUUGCGCAGGAGAGGAAAGCCUGGAGGAAGGACCACCCUUUUGGCUUUGUGGCUGUCCCAACAAAGAACCCUGAUGGCACGAUGAACCUGAUGAACUGGGAGUGUGCUAUCCCUGGAAAGAAGGGGACUCCGUGGGAAGGAGGCUUGUUCAAGCUACGGAUGCUUUUCAAAGAUGACUAUCCGUCCUCACCACCAAAAUGUAAAUUUGAGCCACCACUGUUUCAUCCAAACGUGUAUCCUUCUGGCACAGUGUGCCUGUCCAUCCUGGAGGAAGACAAGGACUGGCGGCCAGCUAUUACGAUCAAACAGCCAAAACAGAGUGGAAUAUGAGAAAAGGGUUCGAGCACAAGCGAAGAAGUUUGCCCCCUCAUAAGCAGCGGCCCGGGCUCCAUGACGAGGAAGGGAUUGGCUUGGCAAGAACUUGUUUACAACCUUUUGCAGAUCUAAGUCGCUCCGUACAGUUACUAGUAGCCUGGGAGGGUUGAGCGGGCGCCAUUUUCCAUUUCCGCCACUGGCAUAUUCAGUCUUUUGUAUUUUUGAUUAUUGAGUAAAACUUGCUUUUAUUUUAAUAUUGAUGUCAGUAUUUCAACUGCUGUAAAAUGAUAAACUUUUGUACUUGGUAAGCCCCUAGGAGCUAGUUUCUUCUCGUCGCGCUCGGAUGCAGGCAUGCUUCCCACUGUUCAGAGCUCUGGCCUCCAGCUGGCUGUAUGACAGAACCACACUGUCCCUCCUUCCUUCCCUACCCUCGUCCUUCUCAGAAACCUGGGCUGUUGCUUAUGAGCCUCAGAUCCAAAGUUGGCCAGCAUCUCCAUUCUGCACCACUUCCUUUGUGUUUAUAUGGCGUUUUGUCUGUGUUGCUGUUUAGAGUAAAUAAACUGUUUAUAUAAAGGUUUUUGUUGCAUUAUCAUCAUUAAAAUGUGAGGAGGUACCUCAGUAUGUCUGGCCCUCCUCACGUGGCUGCAGCCCUUGCCAGGCACCAAGGCUGAGCCCCAGGACCAGCACCUAUCACAGCUUCUGCUAGGGAUAUGCCCAGGCCCCAUGCAGCUCCAUGUUCAUCUGGUUCUUUGUAAAUAGGACUGUGUACAGAGAUGUGUUCUGUUCUCCCCACCUGGGUCUUUGGGCCUUAAGGUACCAGGCAGCAUUGAGGUCCUCAUGAAGUUGGAAUCCGCAUCCAGCCUUCGUAAGCCCAGCAAGGUGAAAGACUGGCUGAUCCAGACCAAGGCUGAGGCCUGGUGAGAGCCCAGGACAAACUGGCCUGCACUGAUCUCCCUGCCUGUUAGCUGUACAGUGGGCCUCACUGUGGCCUGGAUGCUAGCUUCAGGCCUUUUGAUGCCCUACCCUUGCACCUGGAAGAGGCAACCCUGCCACCGGCCCAGGCAAACAGCGGGUCCUUCCUCUAGAGCACCUGAGCACACAGUUCCGCACCUCCUGGCCUGCAUUCAACCUUACCCUACAGCCCAGGAGACCAGCCUGGUGUGGCCUCGGCACAGGAUGACCUCAGGUACUACCGUCCACAUACUCUGCUUGCUGAAGCUGGUCUGGGUGAAGCUGCUCUUGAUGGUGGCCCACCUGGGCUGGGCUGGGUCUAUGAUCUUGGGGCUUACAGAGCAUAGGGAAGUGCAGUGGACAUAGGCAGUGAUCAGUCUCCAUCAGACUUGGUCCUGAGGCCCCCUGGAAGAACCUUGACAUGGGAACCAGGCACCAGUGGCUCAAGUUCAGGGACCAAUCAAGGGGUGGCCAGGUCUGUAGUCAAGAGUCUUUGCUCUGGAAUUGAGGGAACUUGUGCUCACACAGCUGGUGGCACCGGUAUGGACUGGGUUGCCAGUGCCUUGUGGGUAUGUUUGGCCACGAGUAUAGUCAGGAGCUGAGUUUGGAUGGACAGUUGCAGCUAAUGGCACAGGGCCUCACCCGGGGAGUUCAGGCUGGUGUGUGUGUGUAGCCUGCUCUCAGAAUGUCUUAUUUUGUAACAACUGACUACAUUUAGUAAUAGGUACACAUGUAUAUGGUUAAUAUAUGGAAAUUCAAUAUAUUUUAUAGUUAAAGUAUUCUAAAGUAACUGAUGUUUCUAGCAAACUGUAGUGACCCCAGCUAUGAAGUGUUCCUUUUGUACCACAGUCCUUGGAUUACCAGAGAUGUGAAUCUUGUAACAUGAGAAUGUGGUCUGUGACCAUCCUGUGUUAAGAUGGUGGGGAGGAGGGUAUCCCAGCAUGAAGCCUCAUUGGUAAGGAAUUGUGGGCAACAGAUUAACCACUGUAUCUACAAAUCCUCUAAUUAAAACAUUUCCACAAACUGCA